AGGACUGUCUCCAUCUUCCUAGUCGCUGUUCUGCUAUGCGCUGUGAAUACUGUCGCGCAGACGGCCUUUUAUAAAUCGCGACCAGACAUAUAUCCUCCCAUCGUCGACAUCGAACAAAUAGACGAGGAAAAAAUAAGCCCCGGAUACAUAUUCAUUACACCAUAUGAUGUCGACAAUCCGGGCCCAUAUAUCUUCGAUAACACCGGAGAACUAGUAUGGAGCGGCUGGGGUGCCUCCGGGCCCGGAAAUGCCCAUGGCAUGCACGUAUGCAAAUAUAAAGGCGCCGAUCACCUAUGUUUCUUCCAAGGCAACCAACAGAAAGGAUACUGUCGCGGACAUGGCCUCAUCUUGGACAACACAUAUCGCAUCGUGCGAUCCGUACAACCUGGCGGUGGAAUGGCCUCAAGCGACAUGCACGAGUUUCUUCCAGUCAACGACGGCAAAACCGCGCUCAUGACCGUCUACCAACAACGACAAUUCGACAUGACGCCGUGGAACAUCAAGACGGGUCUAGGGUGGGUUAUGGAGAGUGUUUUCCAAGAAAUCGACGUCGAAACCAGCAAAAUUAUCUUUGAGUGGCGUUCACUGGACCAUGUCGACCCGUCCAACAGCUACACUUGGCCCGCGCACACGGAUACCUCAGGAACCGGGCUGAACGUGCAUGAGCCGUGGGACUAUUUCCAUAUCAACUCGAUCGAUAGGAAUAAGGACGGCGAUUAUCUGAUUUCGUCACGCCACACGUGCGCUAUCUAUAAGAUCUCCGGUAAGGAUGGAUCGGUCGUUUGGCAACUCCAUGGGUCGCAGCCGACUUUCCGCAAUAUCAACUUUGGCUUUUCGCAGCAACAUGAUGCGCGCUGGUUGUUUGAGAAUGCUACUCACUCAAUGGUUUCGCUCUUCAAUAAUGGCUAUAAUGGGUUCAACCAGACACACCCCAACUCUUCUGGAAUGAUCAUUCUGAUCGAUCAUGUCGAUAACACGGCCAUCCAGGUCCGCGACUACAAGCCUUCCAUCAAUGAUCUUGUGAGCUCCAGCCAAGGCAAUCUGCAGCGCUUGCCGAACAACAAUGUUUUUAUGGGAUGGGGUAAUAACGCCUACGUGUCUGAGCACGACGAAGAAGGCAAUUUGGUUCUUUGGGCCCAUGUCUCCGGAGAAGAAGUGAUGAAUUACCGCGCGCAAAAGUUCGAAUGGGAAGGCAAUCCGACCGAUUCACCCGCUCUCUGGGCCUACUCUCGAGCAGCAGAUCCCUUUUCCCCAACUACAUUCUACGUGAGCUGGAACGGCGCCACGCGGGUCCAGAGUUGGCGAUUCUUCGGCGCCCACAAUGCAACCGGGCCCUGGACCUUCCUUGACCAGGUCAAUAAGACAGGCUUCGAGACUGAGUAUAACAACGCGAGUUUCUACCUUCGGGCUCGGGCUGAGGCCGUUGACAAAAAUGGUGUUGUUCUCGGCAGGUCCGAGAUCAAGUAUACAUUCGUUCCCUCGUCUGAACUGCGCGACUUCUGCCAAGAUGAGACUUGCGUUGAUGCGUCCGGGUUCGGAUUCCCAGGUGAAGACGAAGCCCGCCCACUCAUCCCUCCUGCUGGCGUGAAUACCGUGCCAUGGGUUGAUCCCGAGCACGAUGGCAGUAUCUGGACCUAUCCAUCCGGAUUCCCACACACGACAGAAGCAGAAACAGGCACAGAUGCCAUAAUCUACCAUGACAAGUGGAGAACAGGCCGCCUUCUUGUCUGGGUCGCUAUUCUCUUCGUCCUUGGACCUAUAGUGAUCGCAGGCUACUACGCCCGUCGUUAUUACCAAAGACGCCAACGGCUGGAUUCGUUGGAUUCAGAUUCAGAGGCAUCGGAGCCGCUGGGCGGCUACACCGAGCACAAAUCACCGGCGCCAAGCGAUCUUCCCUGGUGGAAUUUGCGGCGGUGGACGGCGCAGGCAGAGAUGCGUUAUUUCCCGCUCGUAGAUCGAAGUCCACCACAGCGGGAAUACGAGCGGCAGCGGACAGAAUAG